AUGGACACCGCGAUACCACCAACACCUGUGGGGUGCGUGUCUAUGCGGCACAUUCUGCUCUCAGAGAUCCUUGCUGUUACUUCUGUAAUGCGCAAGAACUCAAGAUGGGCACUGUCUACGCACUCCUUCAAAUCACGAGAAUCUGCACUUGCAAACAGCCUGGGGCUCAGGAGGGUGAGAAACGUCCCUGAGGGAAAUGCUACGCGUCGUGGGAGCACGGAGCAGGAGCUGAUGGGUGGCUUCCAAGAGCUGAAACGGAUUGUGAAGGACGCAGAAGAUGUACGCACACUACCCUUGACCACGCUUCUCGGACCGUUUCUCGCCAUCAUUCGGUCCCCUCUGUCCACCGGACCCAUCACCUCAGCCGCUCUUACCUCUAUUCAUAAUUUCUUCGUUUGCAAUUUGAUCCACGUAUCUUCCAACAACCUCCCUGCUGCGCUUUCAGAACUUAGCAACUCUAUCUCGCGCUGUAAAUUUGAGACCAGCGACUCUUCUGGCGAUGAGGUUGUUCUUCUCAAGAUCAUGGCCGUCAUCCAGGAGACACUAUGCGGUUCCAUAGGCCAUACACUGGGAGAUGUCGAAGUCUGCGAGAUGCUGGAGACAGUGCUGACGACGUGUUGCCAAAUGCGCCUGAGCGACCCUGUCACAGAGGAGGCCAAGCUGUCCAGCAAUGGGUAUGAUGUGGUAGAGCAAGAAGGCGGCAUGAGUAUAAGCAACAAUUCUAUUGCGGAAGUUGCAGAUGAGAGUGGGGUUAGCGGUUCGCAAUCUGCAGAGACCCUAGCCCAGCAAGAGCCUCUUGAGCCUCAAGCGCAAGUACAGCGAGAGCAAUACGGGCUUGCGUCAAUCAUUGAGUUGUUGCGUGUGGUGAUCAACGUGCUAGAUCCAAAUGACCCACUUCACACGGAUUCUAUCCGCCUCACCGCUCUCCGCAUCCUCAAUGUUGCGCUCGAGGUGUCUGGGACACGGAUUUGCGAGUUCCCCUCGCUUUCAGCGCUCAUCGUGGACCAGGCGUGCAAAUUCCUUUUUCAACUCGCGCGCUCAGACCAUCAUGCUGUGCUUCAGGCAACCUUACGUACCAUCGCGACCAUGUUUGAGACGAUGCGUCCGAAGCUGAAGUUACAGCAAGAACUCUUUCUUGCGUUCACUAUUGACCGCUUGGCGCCACCCGCCCCUGCCAAGGCGUCCUCCGGGCUCGGUGCGAAGUCGGCCGGCGCAUCACCGAGGCCAUCGACGCCCAUUCCUCCGGGCUUGGAUUCCGAGACCGAGAAGGCCCCGUCAACGCCGCGACUUUUGGUCGCCCCUGCUCGUGGUGACACGCGGGAGCUCCUCCUCGAGACGCUCGCUCAAAUUUCUCGGCACCCGAGCUUCAUGGUCGAUCUGUAUACCAACUACGAUUGUGACAUGAAUUGCGAGAACAUGUUCGAACGUGUAAUCGAGUUCGCCACCAAAGGAAUCUACCCGUCGCAGUCCCUCGGAGGGCACGAAGGCCCGCAGCAGAAUGCGCAAGGCUUGUGCUUGGAUCUGGUGCUCUCAUUUGUGAACCACAUGGCGUUCCGCGCUCAAGGUCAAACUGAUCCUUGGUCGACAGCGUUCACCUCUCCCAAAGAACUUCAGCACACAAAGUCUCGGAAGAAAUUGCUACUCACGGGCACCGCACGCUUCAAUGCUAAGCCGAAGACCGGUAUCGCCUUCCUCGAGGAGAACAAGCUAAUUUACACGGAUCCAAACGAGCCUCGGCCCCUCAGUUUAGCAAAGUUCCUCAAAAGCUCGGCUCGAAUGGACAAGCGCCUCCUAGGAGAUUUCCUAUCGAGGCAGGAAAACAACGAAGUCCUCAAAGCAUUUAUGGGCCUCCUUGAUUUCGGGAAUAAAUCGGUUGCCGAGGCCCUGCGGGAGCUUUUGGAGACCUUCAGACUGCCCGGUGAAUCGCAGCAGAUUGACCGCAUUACCGAGACAUUCGCGGAAUCGUAUUUUGCCACGAAUCCACCUGAAAUCAAGUCUCAGGACGCGGUUUAUGUUCUCGCGUUCUCCAUAAUCAUGCUCAACACCGACUUACAUAAUCCUCAAGUUAGAAAAAGAAUGACGAUUGAGGACUAUAUGCGCAACUUGAGAAGUGUUAACGCAGGCGACGAUUUCUCGCCAGAGUUCCUGCGAAACAUCUACGACUCAAUACGCAAGCGCGAGAUUAUCAUGCCCGAGGAACACACAGGUCAGGCAGGAUUCGAGUAUGCCUGGAAAGAUCUCUUGGCGCGGUCACGGCAAACAGGAGAUCUGAUGAUAUGCAACACUUCGCUCUUUGACAUUGACAUGUUCAAGGCCGUAUGGAGGCCUGUCGUGUCUGCAAUAGCCUAUGCCUUCAUAACCUUCGACGACGACUAUAUCAUUGAGCGUGCGAUCACUGGGUUCCGACAAUGCGCUACACUCGCCAGACAUUUCGGAAUGCCGGAUGUCUUCGACUACGUCGUUGUUCAGCUAUCCCAAGCCACUGGGCUAGUCUCUGAAAUGUCCACGUCGCAGGUUCCUAACUAUCCCGUAGUGGAUAAUGAUGGUCAGCCGAUUACCGUGUCGUCGCUGUCGGUCAGAUUCGGGACGAAUCUCAAGGGACAGCUGGCUGCUGUGGUUCUGUUCAACAUAGUCAAUGGUAACGGUAACGCGCUGCGAGAAGGCUGGACACAGAUCUUCGAGAUGUUCCAGACUCUGUUCUUGCACUCUCUCCUGCCUAUACAGAUGUUGCAGAUGGAGGACUUCUUAGGCGGUGUUUCCAUCAUACCGCUGCGCAGAAGUCAACCUGCUCGUGCUGCUCCUCGAUCCGAUGGUCUUCUGUCGGCACUGUCAUCAUACCUUAUGACCCCGUACUCCUCAAGCUCUGAAACACUGGUUCCCGAGGCGACGGAUAGCGAUGUUGAGCACACGCUGUCCACCAUUGAUUGCAUCAACUCUUGCCGUCUCGACGGACUGUAUAGUCAGAUCAUGCAGCUGGAUUCAGACGCUCUCGUUGCCGCAGUUCGUGCACUUGAAGCCCUAGCUCAUGAACGAACGGUGGCUCGUCUCACGCAAGAAGCAGACGAGAUGCCGCAAGGGGAUGCUGUAGCGCAGGACGGACCAUAUGCACUCCCGUAUGAUCCGGCCUCGGUGUUCCUCCUAGAGACUAUGGUCAGCAUCGCCAGCCAGACACCACAAUACAUUGAAGAGGUUUGGCCUGUCAUCUUCGAGCACCUUUCGGCGCUUCUGUCAACAGCAAUGCAGUACAGUAUACUCUUGAUCGAGAGAGCAGUGGUCGGUCUUCUUCGGCUCUGCUAUAUACUUGCACAGAAGCCAUCUCUACGCGAUCAGGUCUUUGUCUCCUUCGAUGUGUUGGCCGGUCUUCCACCGCAAAUAGCGAGCGCCGUUGCCGAGCAAAUCGUGGCGGGUUUGACUCGAAUCGUAAGAGACCACAAAGACAUUGUCAAGUCGCAGACAGAGUGGAACCUCGUCUUUGCUUUGAUUCGUGCCACAAUCCAACAUGCGGAGGCAUCUCGUCAAUCGUUUGAGCUUGUCUCAGCUUUGCUGUCCGAUGCGCCGGAGCAGCGUGUCACGCCAGACAACGUCACCGGUUUGGUCACUGUUUUGGAUGACUUCGUGACCGCUGCGUCGGCUGCUGUAGAAGCUCAACAGCAAGGACGGCGGAUACAGACCUUGAAUACUUCUAACUCUCCUGUUGUCGAGCGGGGUCGUAAGGCCAUCGACAUGUUAGCUGAUCUCAAGAGGUUCUGGGCGCCGUUCAUGGAGAAUACAAGUAUUCCUCAGGAGCAAGUGUGGCGGCAGUAUUGUCUGCCUAUUCUUACUUCUCUUGGCCGUCAGUGCAUCAAUGUAUCCCGUGAAGUCAGGCAUGCAGCUCUGGUGCACCUGCAGCGCAUCAUUCUUGGACCACACUUGCCGCUCGACAUUAUGAAUCACAGUCAAGUAGAAGAAGUCUUCGAUAAAGUGCUGUUUCCAUUACUCGACGAGCUUCUCAAACCUCAAGUCUUGAUGCGCGAUCCCCUCAGCCUUCCGGAAGCUCGACUGCGUGCGUCUGCUUUGUUAUGCAAGGCAUUUAUGCAUCUCGAGGCCCGGGAGGGCCAACAAUCGGAUAUUCGUGUAUUGUGGAUGCGGGUAUUGGACCUGCUAGAACGGUUGAUGCACGUUGAUCGCAGAGAUCCCUUGCGCGAAGCUGUGCCGGAAUCGCUCAAGAAUGUGUUGCUCGUCAUGAGCGCCACGGGGAUACUAGUGCCACCUUCGUCUCCAGAUAGCAGACGCGACGACGCACAGCAACAAUUAUGGACCACGACUCAUGAGAAGAUUGAGCGCUUCUUACCAGGUUUCCUGGACGACGUGCUCCCGUCACCUGCACCGUCACCACUCCCAUACAUGGACACAUCGUUACCCAGCGCCCCAGCGACUCCUAUACCAUCAUAG